GGUCAUCACCGGAAGAAGGUCACAGCCAUUACAUUCAAGAUGGCGACCCCCUUGUGUCAGUGUUACCAGAUCUGUGUAAGAAGAGGCUGUGUGGCAUUCCCUUCCCCUCACCUGCUCCUUCACAACAGACCCAAUGUCUACAGGACACGUGGGCUCCUCACGUGUUCUGCACAGGUGCCUCAGUCCCGUCCUCUGCAGGUAAGGUAUUUGUCAGGGGAGAGAGGUGGCAGAAAAGGUUUCCUGGGGGAAUUUCUGGACAACAUUAAGCAGGAGCUAAACAAGAACAACGAAAUGAAAGACAGCAUCAAGAAGUUCCGGGAAGAGGCCAAAAAACUGGAUGAGUCGGAUGCAUUGAAACAAGCUCGAAGGAAAUAUAAAACUAUAGAGUCGGAAACAGUGAAGACCUCCGACAUUCUCAAGAAGAAGUUUGGAAACAUCUCGGAGACAGUUAAAGAGGGGCUCGGGGAGGUCAGUCGUACAGAAAUUGGGAAGAAAAUCAAGGAUGGGAUGGAGGAAGCAGCCAAAUCGGCGAAGACCUCGGCAGAGUCCGUCUCUAAAAGUGGAGAGAUGUUGGGAAAGACUGGUGCCUUCAGAGCAAUAUCACAGGGCAUGGAGAGUGUGAAGAAAGAGAUCGGUGAUCUGGGUCACACCGGCCCUUACCGGCCUCCUGCCAGGCUCAGGAAGAGGAGCGAGUUCUCCUCCAAGGGGGCGGGGGAUGACAGCAAGGUCUUCGAAGCCAACGAGGAAGCAAUGGGUGUGGUGCUCCACAAAGACUCCAAAUGGUUCCAGCAGUGGAAGGACUUCAAAGACAACAAUAUGGUCUUCAACCGGUUCUUUGAGAUGAAGAUGAAGUAUGAUGAAAGUGAAAACACCCUCAUCAGAGCGUCUCGUGCCGUCACCGACAGGAUGACUGACCUCAUAGGUGGACUGUUUUCUAAGACGGAGAUGUCUGAGGUGCUAACAGAGAUUUUAAAGGCGGACCCAUCCUUUGACAAGGAUUUCUUCCUCAAACAGUGUGAACGAGAUAUCAUCCCCAAUAUACUGGAGGCGAUGAUCCGAGGGGAGCUGGAGAUAUUGAAGGACUGGUGUUAUGAAGCGACAUACAGCCAGCUGGCACACCCGCUUCAGCAAGCCAAGGCCAUGGGACUUCAGUUCGACUCUAAGAUCCUGGACAUUGACAAUAUUGAUUUGGCCAUGGGGAAGAUGAUGGACCAGGGUCCAGUGCUGAUUAUCACCUUCCAGGCUCAGUUAGUCAUGGUGAUCCGAAACACUAAAGGAGAGGUGGUGGAGGGAGACCCUGAAAAAGUGCUGAGGAUGAUGUAUGUGUGGGCUCUAUGUCGUGACCAGGAGGAGCUCAACCCAUUAGCUGCCUGGAGACUACUUGAUCUCUCCGCCUCUAGCACCGAACAGAUACUCUAGCUCUUUGAUAUGCACAGAUCCCUCAGAGAGAGAACAUACUGUCCCUGAGCAGGCUGUGAAAGAGGGGGGAGGAGGGAGAUGGAGAUGAGGGACAGACGAGGUGGACAUGGGACAACAGAAAUAUUGUGGCGUAGUGUUGCUAAACGGGUCUCACACUAGAGGGCAGUAGACCCCCAACAACACACACUCACCAUAUUUUCUUCAAUGCCUGUAUGGAUGUCCAUUUAUUGAAACUGUGUGGUGCAGCACAACCGUUAACAUUCAAGGGAUACAUGAAGUUAUUUAACUGGUUCAUUAUUAAAUCGAAAAUAUGGAAAUCAAGGAAGCUGAUUUGUAACUGAGCUCAUGAACUUCAAGUUGAUGUCAGAAUGUCAAAAAUCUCAGUCCUUCCCACUCUGUCUCCUCCUCUCUGAGGCGUUGUUAUCUUGGUGGAUGGCGGUGUGUUGUGGCCAAUCAGUGCUUUCCUAGAUCCUGCUUUGUAUAAUAAUCGUCCAAUGUAAUUGUUAAAAUGUGAAUCUAUAUUUAUUAUGAAAAAUAAAGAUGAUCCCUGUUUGGCACACUAGCAGACAUUUCUAAACUUUCUUCCCUGCAAAUGGUUAAGCUUCUCUCCUGAUUUGGAGGAUAUCACAUGAUUCCUUCUAGGGCAGUUGCUAAUUAUUUUUUUGAUUAAAUCCUCAAGUGGGAUUUCAGUAUUAGCGUGUUUCCCAGAGGAAAUAUAUCUGUCUCUGGGUGUCUUUAUACAGUUUUACUUCCAGGGCGGAGCUAGAGCACUCAUUUACUUGGAGUGAAGCUACAUGUGAAAAUGAACAUGGCCAUUUUGACAUUAACACUAUGUGCCAUUAUACAGUUGUGUUCAGAUGAAACGCUUUGACAUUCUGUGCUGUGAGGGCUUUUAAAUCACUGCUACAUGUUCAAUGUGCCAUGUCGUUGCCCUACGCACCAGAGUCAUGUGGCCUACAAUCAACCACCCAGACCUCCUAUCUGACAAAGGCUUAAUGUCACCCAUUUCCCCAAGUCCCACCAAUCAUUUCUCAUCCUUGUCAAAUUACGUGUCCAUGACGGGGUCAGAGGUCACCUCUGCAAACUCUCUUUGAAAAGCCUCUGCUGGCUGUGUGGGUAACUAUAUUCCACUGUAACACCUUUAGAGUUAAUAGCUCUAUUGACAAGUCAUUUGGAUUCAUGUCAAAGACAUUACACUUCAUAACAAGUCUAUCUAAUGUAAAGAUUUAAUGGUGUUGGUUUUGUUUUGGUAACCCAACCAUUUACUUCUGAUUUGUUGCAGACUAUAGUAUACAUAAGGCCAGAGAAUGUAGAUUGCAAACAAAGCUAAAUCAAAAUUUUGAAUCUUUUUCCACUUUGUAUGAUGU